AUGGAUAAUUCAGAGAACUCGGAACAAGGUGAAGUUGUCGCGGUUGGCCGCAGUACACAACUUGUGAUCAACUUCGCUCCGGAUUCCACUGACACCGAGACCCUCAGACUGAAAUGUAUGAACUUUUGGCGGGUUAUUGAGGAAGAUCCAGAGAUAAACUGGUGGAGGAAUGUUCCAAAAAAUAAACCGGAGGAAUUGCUGGUGACGCAACCGGAUGUGCGGUCGGAGAACCGGAUACCCACUGCAAUUGAUAUGCUAGACUUUGCUAAGAAAAAAGGUUUAUUCGACCUUGUAUACGGAACCAAACGCAGAAGCUGGUGUGUGGCGAGGACUCCAGUCUCCGGACUUCCUGAUAUUGCGGAAGGGCAUAAACCAGCAGUAAUUGUUGUCACAGCGGACAUGGGAGAGGAGAGGAGUGGAGCAGGCAAAAGAAUAACACAAUCUGAGAAAAUUUCUAGCUAUAGUGUUUCUUGA